CUACUUUCAGGGUACAAUGUUUGAUCCAUUGGGUGCACAUAGUCAACCUUCACUCUCUGCUCUUACUGGUGCAGUGUGCAAUCAGUGAAGAUAGGCCACCAGGCUGUGCAAACAUAUCCAUGAAACCUCCAACACUAUAUUGGCCAGUGUUUCAGUUUCAUUGUCCAACCCCUGUAACUAAAUUCGAAACGGAACCCUAAACGCGCUCGCUCAGCUCGCACGGGAUGUUUUUAUCGCUGCAGCGCUCCCGCCGGAAGCUGCACAAGCAUGUCGCUCAUCUCUGUCAGUUAGCCGCUUUAUUUAGCUGUUUUUUUUCCUGUAAUUUCCAUUUAUCUGUUUAUAUUGCGGAGGACGUCCUUGUGUGAUGCUCAUGGCUGCUCGGACAGUCUGUCAGAUGCUUCAGCGCCGUCUGGCGUCUAGCGCAGCGGCUGCGCGCCUCUCGUCCGCGGAACUGCGCAGUCAUCGCAGCGCUCUGUUCUCCAAAGAGCAGGCGCGUCAGAGAUCUCUGUUUCCACGGACGGAGAAGAUUGAGGUGACGCUACAGGGGCCCGGCCUACAGGGGACGCUGCUGGUCAUGAACAAAGGUGUAUCGACGCCGUACAGCUGCACACGCCAUCUGACGGAGUGGCACGUGAAGAGCUCAGCUCUGGCUCUGGUGGACGGGCAGCCGUGGCACAUGCACCGACCUUUGACCCGCUCCUGCGACCUCACCCUCCUCACCUUCAAAGACGAAGACCCUCAGAUAGUCAAUCAGGCGUACUGGCGCUCGUGCGCCGCACUUCUGGGUCACGUGCUCGACGGAGCGUUUAAGGACGAGUUCAGCGUGGAGCUGCUGAAGCUUCCUGAAGUUCCAGUGACCGCUGGUGCGUUCUGUUGCGAUGUGGUUCUGGACUCUUGUUUAGACUCCUGGACGCCUACAGAGGAGAAUCUGCGCAGUUUCACCCGUGACGCUCUGCAGCUCAUCCAGAAGGAUCUGCUGUGGGAACCGCUGGAGGUUUCUCCGUCUGUGGCGCUCGAGAUCUUCUCUCACAGCAGGUGUAAGCAGGAGGACGUUGAAGAAAGAGCAGCUCAAAGUCAGAACGGGACAGUGUCAUUAUACAGGUGUGGAGAUCAUGUGACGGUGAGCGGAGGCCCUCUAGUGGCCCGUACGGGUCUGUGCUCUCAGUAUGAGGUGACGUGCGUCCAUACGCUGGGAGAGAGCGAGUGGGGCGUCCAGCGCCGUUCUCAAGGGCUCUCGCUGCCCCUCAACCUCACCGCUCAUCAUAAAGCGUGGAGGAUGCUGCGGAAAAGAGCAGAAAGACUAGUGGAGAUUCCAGUGACUCCUCCUCUCACACCAGAGGCCACACCCACCACCCCGCCCCCUCCUCAGUAAUCAACAGCAUUCAGUGUUUGUAUUAUAUUGUUGAAUAAACAUGUUUGUAACGUGAA